AUGCCAUCCAUCGACCCAUCUCUGCCUUCUGUGGACACUGUCCAAGUCACCCGUCAGAAGGAGAAGGAGGAACUCCAGAACCUGAACAACAAGUUCGCCCAGUUCAUUGACAAGGUCCGCAGUUUGGAACAGCAGAACACCAUACUCAAAGCUCAGAUCAACCUCUACAACCGAAGUGACCCAAGUGGACCAGCCAAUGCCACCGUUGUUACCACCACUGCUGUAGCUGGCUACAAAGCCCAGAUUGACACCCUAACUCAAACCAAAACAGCACUUUUGGCAGAAAUUGAUCACUACAAGCAAGUGAUUGGUGAUAUCCAAGUCAAGUACGAUGAGGACAGUUCAGUCACAAAGACCCUGGAGGCAGAAUGGACCACACUCAAAGAGGAUAUCGAUCACUUGUACCUGACCAUCUUCGACCUUCAGACCAAACUCACUGGAGUAGAGGAUCAAAUUACUCUUUCCAAACAAGUCUAUGAUGCUAAAGUAAGAGAAGUUCAGACCAUCAUUACAAGUGGUACCAAAGCAGCCAUUUCCAUUUCAUUUGACAACUAUGCUCAAGCCGUGGACCUGACAUCAGCCAUCUCUGAUAUGAAAUUACAGUAUGAAGUACUCGUCCAGAAGACCAAACACGAGGCAUUCGCAGCAGCUGAGAGCAAGAUUGUUCUGGCUUCUGGCUCCACACAACCAUCUGUACAAGCCCUGACAUCACAUCAUUCAAGGAGGAGUACAGGUCGUUGAAGCUGCAGGUUGACUCAGUUCAACGUGAAAUAGAAAGGAUUAAGACCUUGAACAUUCAGCUGGAGACUCAGAUCGCCGAGGCAGAGACCAGCACCAGCAGCGAGACUGACACAUACCAAGAGCAGGUUACAGCCCUCAAGGCUCAGCUAGAUGACAUUAGAAAGCAAAUUGCCCACUAUGGCCAAGAAUAUCAGGAUCUCCUGGCAGUGAAGAUGGGAUUAGAUGUAGAAAUUACAGCCUACAAGAAACUGAUGGACAGUGAAGAAUUAAGACUCAGCUCUGGAAGUGGCAUCACGGUACAGAUGUCCAAAACUAGCAUUGGUGGAGGAGGCGGAGGUGCUGGUGGUGGAGCUGGACUUGGCGGAGGCCUUGGUGGAGGACUAGGAGGUGGUUUUGGAGGCGGUCUUGGUCUUGGAGGAGGUCUUGGAGGAGGUCUUGGAGCAGGAUUUGGAGGUGGCUUAAGCCUUGGUGGUGGCCUUGGUGGUGGCAUUGGAAGUAGUGUCAGUUCAAGCCUGGGCCUGGGUGCCGGAGGAGGUUUCGGAUUUUCAGGAUUUGGAAAUUUGAACUCUAGCUCAAUGUCCACAUCAAGUAUCUUUUGA